AUGCCAUACACUAAAAUAGACGUUAACGAAGAAGAAAAAUUCUUCCAAGAUCAAGUUAAAGAGAUCCAACAAUGGUGGAAAGAACCUCGUUGGGCCAAAACCAAGAGAAUCUACCAAGCUGAGGAUAUUGCCAAGAAGAGAAGUAGUUUGAAGGUUGACUACCCAUCUUCUAACCAAGCUAAGAAGUUAUACAAGUUGUUACAAGAGCAUGACAAGAACAAGAGUGCAUCAUUCACAUUCGGUGCCUUGGACCCAGUGCAAGUGACCCAAAUGGCCAAGUACUUGGACUCCAUCUAUGUUUCCGGAUGGCAAUGUUCUUCUACUGCUUCUACUUCUAACGAGCCAUCCCCAGAUUUAGCUGAUUACCCUAUGGAUACCGUUCCAAACAAGGUUGAGCACUUAUGGUUUGCUCAAUUAUUCCACGACAGAAAGCAAAGAGAGGAAAGAUUGAAUCUUUCCAAGGAAGAACGUGCUAAGACCCCAUACACUGAUUUCUUGAGACCUAUCAUCGCUGAUGCUGACACUGGUCACGGUGGUAUUACUGCUAUUCUUAAAUUGACCAAGUUAUUCGUUGAAAGAGGUGCUGCAGGUAUUCAUAUUGAAGAUCAGGCUCCAGGUACCAAGAAGUGUGGACAUAUGGCUGGUAAGGUUUUAGUUCCAGUUCAAGAACACAUUAACCGUUUAGUUGCCAUCAGAGCAUCUGCUGAUAUCUUAGGGUCUGACUUAUUAUGUGUUGCUAGAACUGACUCUGAAGCUGCUACUUUACUUACCUCAACCAUUGACCACAGAGACCACUACUUCGUUCUUGGUGCUACCAACCCAGAAUCCCCAGAUUUGGCUGCCUUGAUGGCUGAGGCUGAAUCUAAUGGUAUCUACGGUGAUAAAUUAGCUUCUAUCGAAGUCGAAUGGACCAAGAAGGCUGGUUUGAAAUUAUUCCACGAAGCCGUCAUUGAUGAAAUCAACAACGGUAACUUCUCCAACAAACAAGCUUUGAUCAAGAAAUUCACCGACAAGGUUAACCCAUUAUCCGCUACUUCUAACAAGGAAGCUAGAAAACUUGCCAGAGAAAUCUUAGGUAAGGAUGUUUUCUUUGACUGGGAUGUUGCAAGAGCUAGAGAGGGUUACUACAGAUACCAAGGUGGUACUCAAUGUGCCGUUAUGAGAGGUCAAGCAUAUGCUCCAUACGCUGAUAUGAUUUGGAUGGAAUCCGCAUUACCAGACUUCAAGCAAGCCAAGGAAUUCGCUGAAGGUGUUAAGGCUAAAUGGCCUGAUCAGUGGUUAGCUUACAACUUGUCUCCAUCUUUCAACUGGAACAGAGCUAUGCCACCUAAUGAACAAGAAACCUACAUCAAGAGAUUAAGUGAAUUAGGUUACGUCUGGCAAUUCAUCACCUUAGCCGGUUUACAUACUACUGCUUUGGCUGUGGAUGAUUUCGCUAACCAAUACUCUCAAAUCGGUAUGAGAGCUUACGGUCAAACUAUCCAAGCUCCUGAAAUCGAAAAGGGUGUUGAAGUUGUUAAGCAUCAAAAAUGGUCUGGUGCAGAAUACAUUGAUGGUUUAUUAAAGAUGGUCACUGGUGGUGUCUCUUCUACUGCUGCUAUGGGUGCUGGUGUUACUGAAGACCAGUUCAAAGAAAAGGCUGCUGGUAAGUAA